AUGAUACCCCGAUCAGCAGUGCUACGGAGGCCACUGGCUAGCUCAAUCAGUUACAUCCAUACCUUGCGCCCUCUCUCCACGACCGCCCCCAUACUAAAUGCUCGUGCCUCGGCCCCGGAGAACCCCCCGACUCGACCCCAUGGAAUCGAUCCGCGAUGGCUCACCAUGAUGAAGCGACGAAUCGGGCGGUGCAUGAUGUUUGGUCUCAAGCCAGCCCAGAUUGAUGAUGCCGGCAAGAUUCUCCAGCAAUUGGCGCGGGAUUGGCGUGAAUUGAUUGCGGGGAGUGAGGGAUUCUUGACCGAUGAGAAGAGGCGGAGCUUGUAUCGGCAUAAUGUGGUGUGGGGAGAGAUGGAUAUAAUGGGCCACGUCAACAAUGUCACCUACGUCCGAUAUGCCGAGUCCGCUCGAGUGAAUUGGACACGCAAUAUUGGCUUGCACAUCGACCCUGCUAACAAGGAUAAAUGGACAAACCUGCUCAAUUCAACGGGCAUUGGUCUGAUUCUACGAAGUAUCAAGGUUGACUACAAAUUUGUGAGUGACCUUGCGACCAAGCCUAUCAAGACCCUUCCAGUACUGACCUCACCGCAGCCCAUGACUUGGCCAGACAAGAUCACCAUAUACCAGAAACUAGUCCAUGACCCGUCAUCAUCUCUAUCCUCCCAAUCCGCAUUCCAACUACAAGUGAUGAUUCUGUCAGAGGCCCGUCAGCGUCCCGCAGCUCGUUGCCACGAGGACAUUGUCACAUAUGACUAUAAGAAGAACCGCAAGACCCCUGAACUGCCACCAUUCCUCUUUGAGCAGUUCAAGGUUAUUUGGGAAUUACAAGAAAAGGCAAAGAAGGACUGGCAAGAGCGUAUCUUGGAGAUUGAGAACCGAGUGCGGACCCUUGAGGUUGAGAGCUGGGAUCGUGCGGAUGCGGUAGAGGAUACGGGAUCAGCAUAG